CCUCCUUUUCGUGCCCUGUAAAUUUGGUUUAUUUUAUACAAUUCUAUGUAAUGUUAGCGCUGUUAUUAUGGACAAAAGAAUCAUACUUGCUGUUCUGUUCACAGGAAUUAGAUUGGCUCAAACCGUGUUCGCUGACUGUCCAGAUACAGUACAUCCUGAAAUCAAAGGUUUUGGACCAGACUGUAGAUAUAGAUGUUACUGUAAGGACAAUGUACAAUGUGACGUAACGGGCGAGUGUCCUGAUGGUUGUUUGUUCGGAUGGAUGGGACCAGGAUGCCAAUACCGGAAUGUGGCGUCCACAUUCACUAAUGCUAGACAGCAUUAUUCAGCAAAUGACCCAGCGAAAUGGGCAAAACAAGCUGUAGAUGGAGACGUGAGCACAUGUAGCAAAACGGGACCUAACGGAUCUGGAGGCUCAACACAACAGUGGUGGGAACUUGAGUUGUCGUCUGAAAUUUAUAUAGUUGGAUUAGUUAUUACGAUUCCAGAGUCGGAAACAGCUAAGUUUAAAGGCUAUUCUGUUGAAAUUGGAAACACGACCUCUGACCUUGAUGUCUGCUAUAAACAUGGACCUAAUGCUGACGGGGAUAUUGUCAUGAAAGUAAAUUGUGUCAGACCAAUAGUUGGAAAGUUCGUUAGAAUUAAACUUGCAGAGACUGAGCCACCGUCUUUAACUCUAUGUGAAGUGGAAAUAUUUGGAGGGCGUCUGGUUUCCUUCAACAAAUUUACGUCUAUGGAAUCUACGCUAAAAUAUGAUGGAUUUCGUUGGGAGUCGUCACAUGCAGUAGAUGGCAGUAAUAUAGCACCUCCUGGUAAAAGUCAAGACGUAACCUGUGCGGCCACGAAAGAUUAUUACAAACAUAUACGGGAAUUAUGGUGGAAUGUUACCUUAGACACUGCCUUUGAUAUACAGGGAAUUAACUUCUUCGGUCGUUUAGAUCAUAUCGGCCAGUCCAAAGCAUACACUAUAAAAGUGGGUGAUUCUAACCCACAAACCCAUCCAGUAUAUACGGACAAUAACCCUAGUGAUUCAAAUGAUGCAUAUAACCCUAAGUCAACAAAUUUUACUCUCCCUGUUCCUGGUUCAGUUGUUCGGGUGGAAAGAUCAGGGAACAUUUUCGUUAUUUGUGAAUUCGAAGUGUUUGCAGAAUGUCCUCCUGGAAGAUGUGGUUGGGAAUGUAAUGAAACCUGUAUGUGUAGCAGUCAGACAACUGGGCAACACAAGAUUCUGGGAGCGUGUCCUCAUGGAUGUAGCGGAAGAUGGAGUGGCGGCAACGGAAAGUGCAACAUUGAAUGCCCUGAUACAAAAUGGGGACCUUAUUGUAAUAACACAUGUGGCCAGUGCAAGAUUAAUGACUCUUGCAGUGUAUCUGAAGGCUUCUGCCCUAAUUCAUGUAAGCCUGGGUGGAUUCCACCUUUAUGUGUACACGAAUGCAAUGAUCGGUAUUUUGGUCAAGAUUGUAAUUUUACAUGUGGAUAUUGCAAGAAUGAGCUUGUAUGCAACAAAGAAACUGGUGAAUGCGCGACUGGAUGCAUGCCAGGAUAUAAACCUUUUUUAUGCAUUGAAAAUUGCGAUGCCGGAUGGUACGGAGAUGACUGUCGCAAGAUUUGUGGUAAAUGUCGUAAUGGAGGAAUAUGUGAUCAUGUGACUGGAAAUUGCCCGGAUGGAUGUGAGGCAGGGUAUCAAGGACAGAACUGUAUGCAACCAUGUGAUCCAGGAUGGCAUGGUACGAACUGUUUUGGAAAAUGUGGAAACUGUAAGAACGGUGAACCUUGUAACAAUACAAAUGGUGAAUGUAAUAGCGGUUGUAGUCCAGGAUGGUUAACCUCAAUCUGCAAUAUAUCAUGUGAAAGUGGAGUUUAUGGCGACGGAUGCAACGAGACUUGUGGAUAUUGCUUGACUGAAGAGACUGAUGAUAUUUGCAGUCACGAGGACGGAUCGUGUUUACAUGGGUGUGACUCCGGUUUCUACGGAACGGUUUGCAAAACAGAAUGCGAAGAUGGGGUUUACGGUAAAAAUUGUGUCUCAAAAUGUGGCAGCUGUGCCGGAAAUGUACAUUGUAACAGAACGACUGGAGCUUGUCCUCACGGAUGCGUACCUGAUUACAAAGGCAUUCGUUGUGAUGUUAGAGAAGGAGGAUCUUCUACUGAACUUAUUGUCGGUGCGAUUAUAGGAGUGUUUGUGUUGAUGAUUGGAGCGUUCAUAGUAUUCAUUGUCUUCAGGAGAAGAUCGAAUGGGCAUAAAAGACAAUCAGUCGCAAAUAGAACUCCAAAGAUCUCAGAUCAAUAUCUUACAGACAUACAUGGACCUGCACAGAAAACACAUGCCGUUCCAAAACCAGAUCAAGACCCAGUAUAUUGUAACACUGAUGAGAAGGAACCCAUUGACGAGAAUUCUGUCAAGAUAUCUCAUCUUAGAGCCCUCAUUAGCAGAGCUAAAAGAGAUCCGACCUUUCUGCAUUCUGAAUUUCAGGAGUUGCCGUAUGGAUUAACAAAUGACGCAUCCGAGGCAAAAGCUGUAGAAUACAAACUGAAGAACAGAUAUAAAGACUUGUACCCAUACAAUAUGAACAGAGUAACGCUUCCAGAAAUACCAGGAGAAUCGGAUUCUACUUAUAUCAACGCCAGUUAUAUAAAUGGAUACGACACUGCUAGCAAAUAUAUUGCCGCCCAAGGUGCCCUUGAAACAACUGUUGAAGAUAUAUGGAGAAUGGUUUGGUCAAAGCAAAUUUCUGUCAUAGUCAUGCUCACCAACUGCUUUGAAUUAGGCCGGCUCAAGUGUGUCCAGUACUGGUCAAAUGAGGGCUCUAAAGUGUACGCUGAUAUAUCUACAGACGUUGUCUCAGUUGAAGAAUACACUGAUUUUAAAAUCAGAACAUUUCACUGCACCCAGGUGGAAUCUGGAGAACGCCGAACAGUACUGCAGUUCCACUACACAGCCUGGCCCGACAAAGAUGUCCCUGACACUGCCCUUUCAUUGGUGCAGUUCUGGCGAAAGGUCAGGGGUCACGAAAAAGCUAAACGUUUACCAUGGAUGGUGCACUGCAGUGCUGGUGUCGGGCGAACUGGUACAUUUAUUGCACUGGAUUAUCUGUACGACCAGGAUAAAUCCGAGGGAAAAGUAAAUAUCAAAGGUGGUGUAUACAAUCUACGGCAACAGCGACUGAAUAUGGUGCAAACAAAGGAGCAGUAUGUUUACCUACACGAAUCAGUUGCAGAAACACUUGAUCCCUUAGGGGCUGUGUGUGAGAAGGAACAAUACAUAAAUGUGCAUAGGAAACUGUUUACCGAAGAAGGAAUCCCUAAACCAGUCCUACAUGAAGAAUUUGAAAAUAUUUGUGAAGACACGGAAGCGGGAACUGAGGCAGCAGAAGCAAUUUAUCGAAAUAUAGCAGACACUGACAGUGCGAGCAGCAAAGACCAUUCUGAUGCGAUGCUUCCGGAAAACAUACCCAAAUCAAGAGAUAUUCAAAUCGUUCCAGAUAACCUCCACCGACCUAGAUUAGGAAUGGCUGUCAAAGGAAGAAAUGAUUUCAUUAAUGCUGUUUUUGUCUCGACAUACAGACAAAAAGAUCGUAUGAUUCUUACACAGUUUCCAUUAAGAGAAACUGUUGUUGACUUUGCAAGAAUGGUGUGGGAGUUUAACAUUAAAACAGUUGUAUUACUGGAGGAUUCACAUAUUGCGGAAGGUGUAUAUUGGCCUUCAAGUGAUGUACCAAAAGCAAUUGGACCACUAAAGGCCGAACUUUUGCACGAAAAGAAAGAGGAGUUUUACAUAUCAAGAACAGUUAGAUACAGUUUCCUACUAAACGACGGUGAGCAGCAAAAGGAUGUUCACAUGUUCCAUUUCCGAGCAUGGCAAGGCAAUGAGAAGAUACCGAAAAGCACAGCGUCAAUGCUAAGACUAAUAUCAGAUAUUGAGAAUGAAGACACGGGCAAAGAAAGUAGUCCACUGGUGAUACAAUGCUUAGACGGUGCUAAGAAGAGCGGGCUUCUUUGUGUGCUGUUAUGUGUGUUGGAGAGGAUGAAAACAGACCGGGAGGUUGCCAUUGCAGAAACUGUCAGACUAGUUAGACUGAGAAGGAAACAAGUAAUUGACAACAUUGAGCAGUACAAAUAUUGUUAUAACAUUGUUCGAGAAUACGUCGAGAACCAUGAUGUCUAUGCAAAUGUCAUGUAAAUCUUCGAAUGCAAAUUACACAUAGCAUUGUGUGAUGCAGGAGUCGGUUACAAAAAAAGUGUAAUAUACCUAUAAAUUUUCUGUCUGAUAAACAGCAAGUGAUAGAUGAGUACAAAACCCUAUAUUCAACACCCAUCGUAUAGUCAACUCCCUUCGUAUGUUCAACACCGAGCGAUGGUGGAACUUGCUUUAGAAGUCAUGGUAAUGAUGGUGUCUCGACGUUCAUUUUAUCUAUAAGGCUACUGUUUCAAAUGGAGUUUUAGUCUUAUUUGCUUAAACUAAAAAUAUAACAUUAGAAAUAUGUAGAGGUUUAUAAUUAAAGGCACAAGUGUAAUCCGGCAGUGAUGCAUCAUUGCAACUAGCAUGAAACUAUUUUCAUUACCCUUUUAAUUGUUGUGUUCUCAGUGUACACUUCCAAACGAAUUGAUGAUAAUGAUGUGCUGGCAGAUGAACGGCGAAGAUUUAAGAGGAAACGUAAUACAACAGAUCAAAUUGUUUUGCUUACAAGUCUUACUUACACUAGAAAAGAGCUUAAAACUGAAAACGCAUGCACGCACGCACACAAAAACGCACGGUUUACGAUUGAUUUAACAGGGGGGGAUGUUGGAAUGUUGGAAGGGCUUUAGAGGAAUUUAACGUUUCUUGUAAAUAAGGAUGACAUAUUACACUUCUAUAACGCACAAUGGCUUAGGGGUGGAAUGUAUUCUGUCCUCCACAUCAAUGAUCUGAUUUUACCUUUGACUGUUUAUAUAUCUGUUACAUUUGAAAAUAUCGUACCCUAUUUCACGCCUAUGAUAUUGUUGUAUUAUUAGAGAAUGUUUGUUAUAUAAUUGGUAGUAACCAUGUCGAUAUGUUUAUAAAAUACAUUUUCGGCAACCCUUUGAUCAAUUGCCUGUUGGAGUUUUGGCUUGAUGUACGAAAUCAUCUCUCAUCAAAGGCAGCUGCUCAAAGUUCUAGCCUAACCAUAGUUUCUUCAUCGCUAAAUGUAAACAUGAAGGUGCUGUUUCAUAAAAUUUGUUUACGAAAUAAAUGACCCUAUACUAUUUAAACCAUUAUUAGUUCAUUGUAAUUCAGCAAAUUACUUUUAGCUUUUAAAAAAUGUUUCAACAUUUUACCGUAAAACAAAUUACUCAUUGUGGUAUAGAGAAGCAUGAUGCAUAUUUGAGAAUUGACAAUGCAGUACUUUUGAUUUUAUGAUUACUGUAUGCGUAGUCUCUCCUCAGCUGUCUUUUUAAUCAAGAAUUCAUCUUGUUUGUAAAUAAACCGAUUGUACAUUCUGUUAAUCAUUCCUUAUAAAACUCAUGCCAAAAACAAACAAAAAAAUAUUUAACAUGAUGAUAUUCUGUUGUUGUAAAUAAUGUCAUAUCAUUCAAGUAUUUCUGUUAUCAUAAUACUCCCAACAAGAAGUUGCUAAUUUCUUCAUCCACGAUUUUGCUGUGUUGGCAGUUUAUCUUACACGUGAAUUAGAACAAGUAUCUUUUUUAUUUCGGGAUUUUAUUAGUAUUUUCAGUUUUAAUGCUUUUUUGGUAUAACAAUUAGCAGCUUCUUCGUGGUUUGUCUUGUACAUAUAUUUGCAAUGUAUUUUCAUUUAUUAAUUUAUUAAUUAAUUUACAGUGUAUACAGUAAAAACUCCGAAAACCGCAACCUCCAAAAAACCGGAAUCCUCUGAAAAUCGGACGAUUUUCAAAGUCCCAAGAUUUUCUCUUAUAAGUUCAAUUAAAAAAAACACUCUGAAUACCGGAAACUCUGAAUUGUGAAAACCGAACGGUUUUUCAUGCCCACAAAGGAACAUUAUACAUAAAACGUCCUCUGAAAACCGGACAGUAAGUGUCAAAACUUAUGCGUGUUAUCACUUUGAAUUGAUUUUAAAAUUAUAAUCUCAAGCAGGUGACAAUUGUUUGUUUACCAACUAACAAUCACAAAUGUUACCUAAGUAGGUGUGAAAAACAUUUAUCUGUGUGUUUGUAUUUUUAUAUUAUCUAUAAAAGAUAAGCUUAUAAAGUGCAAAACAAUUUGUUCUAAUAGAAAAAAGUUAAUAGAACUACUUAUGUACAGGUGAUUUUUCAUAAAAUUAUUUUUUUUUAAUAUGAAAAAGAUUCUUAUUGUUAUUAAGUAUUUAUACCGCCACGAUAAGCAAACCAUUCUUUUCAUUAUAAAGUAUCAUUUUAAGUAAUGUAUUUCUGUUUGAAAUAAUUCCGUUUUAAUAUAUAACAGAGACAUACAAUGCAGAGUUGGGAAAAGAAAAAACCUAAAAGACAUUGAACAUGAUACAGUCAGAUUAAAUAAAUAAGAAUAUACAUAUAUAAAUCCUCUCAGAAAUUUCUGCAAAAUCCUAUGAAAACCGGACUUUUGACUUGGUUCGGACAGGGUCCGGUUUUCGGAGUUUCUACUGUAUACUUUUGGUGGAGUGCAGUAAUCUCUUCUUAUUCAUGAACUGAAUGACAAUGUAUGUAAUGUUAACGAUGUUAAGAUGUAUAUAUAAUGUGAUGCGUUGAAGUGGGUAAAAGAAAGAAUAAACUAUAACUGCACAACCUCUCUGUGACGUGGAGAUACUGAACAAACGUGCUAAAUGAUUGAACUGAAUAGAAAAUGUAACUCGUUUUCUAUAGCACCGUUCUACCAAAUUCGACAAGGCUUUUACUGGCCUAAACCAAACAAGUGUAAAAUGUCUUUAUAUAAAGUGAUACCAGCGCAUUAAAUGCAUGGUAUCCUCAAAACGUAGAUGUUACGUGCACGAGCCGUUCCUUUUCUUAUCCAUAUAUAUUCAUACAUUGUAUACGACUGAGACAAAAUCAGGAAGGGACUUUCAAUGAGUGUCAAGUUAUGCCUCAUUUACUGAAAUAUGCUUUAAAAUGCAGUAGUUACACUGAUGAUGGUUUGUUACAGUUCAAAUGAUGACCUUUCCAUAGAUACAUAACGGAAGAAAGGCCAAAAAAGGCUACUUUUUAGCGCUAUGCUGGUGCAAAAUAAAAUUCAGUCUUUUGUAAUGGAGAAGAUAUACUUAUAACAAUAAACAGUUAAAGCAUAUGUUUUAGUAGGUAUGUCACUAAAGAACUGUUUUAAUAAAUCAGUGUGAAUGUUAGGGAAAACAACACUGUAGUAUAUAAGCUUAAGUUUCAGUGUAAGUAAUUUCCAUUUAGGUAUGAAAUACAUAGUUGUCUUUGAUUUAGUGUUACUUGCCCAUGUAUGAUAUAAAGCCUCCGUGUAAACACUUAAAACAUGCGCACUUUUGUUUAUACCAAAAUAGAUAUUUUCUUAAAUAGGGAGAUCGUAGAAAAGAUAUUUAACAAUCUAGCAUCCAUAAAAGAUGAAUUUCCUCUUAGACUCAAUCUACAUACUAUUAGACAGAAUAUAUGGAAUAUUUAACAAACAAAAACACCCAAUUAAUUACAAUUUAUUAUUGAAAUAUUGACAAAAAAAUUAAACUACAUCUUUUGAGAAUCCAAACUUGAAAAUAUGGACAGCAGAUACUAUGUAAUUAUUAAUAGAAACUGAGUAGUUUUCUCAGUCUCUCUGAUGCAGAUAUUUGCUUUAAAAACAAUUACCUCCUUGGUCAUUUUUGAACCAAAUAUUUGAAGGGCAUUGAGAUUUAGUGUAUACAUUAUGAUAGAAUGAUGUUUGCAUAAAUUUAAGUUGAAACCAUGACAAGAGGUAAAGUUCUUGAAGUUCACACAUUGGAUAUUGUGUACAACUCCAGUCCGAUUUGAUCUUAUCUCGGCCGUAUAUACAAGUAUAUUUAAUUAUUUGCAUAUUCUAUAAGGUUCAAAUGGAAAUUUGUUUACGUUUUUUUCAAUUUUCUACAAUAAAUAUAUAUUUCUAACAAAA